AUGACUGAACUCAAGGGAAAGAACGUCAUCAUCACCGGCGGCGGCAAGAACCUCGGUGCUCUGAUCGCCGAGACGCUGGCCCAGCAGGGUGCGAACGUUGCCAUCCAUUACAACUCGGAGCGGUCGAAGGCUGAGACGGAUGAGACGCUCGCGAAACUCAAAGCGGCUGGAGUUAAGGCUGUCGCCAUACAGGCCAACAUGGAGACGGCUGGGGCCGUGCAGCAGCUGUUCAAGAACGCCCUGGCUGGCCUCGGGGCAUCGAGCUUCGACAUUGCCAUCAACACGGUCGGCAAAGUCCUCAAGAAACCCCUUCUCGAAAUCACCGAGAAGGAGUACGACGACAUGUUCGCGGUCAACGCCAAGGCCAACUUCUUCUUCAUCCAAGAAGCCGCCAAGAACAUGAGCGACGGCGGCGCUAUUAUCAGUAUCGUCACCUCCCUCCUCGGCGCAUUUACAGGUUUCUACAGCACGUACCAGGGCUCCAAAGCGCCUGUUGAGUGGUUCACCAAGGCUGCGGCAAAGGAACUCAUGCCGCGGGGUAUUCGGGUCAAUGCGAUCGCGCCAGGACCAAUGGACACGCCGUUCUUCUAUCCCCAGGAGGAGGAAGCGGCAGUUGCGUUCCACAAGUCGCAGGCACUUGGGGGCAGACUUACGGAUAUCAAGGACAUUGCUCCGCUGUGCUUGUACCUCUGCACUGAUAAGUGGAUUACCGGCCAGGUCAUCUUCUCGAAUGGCGGAUACACCACGCGCUAA